UUGCUCCAAACAGACGUCAAAAAAAUUGCCCGGUUGUUGUCGGGGACACGGAGGGAUGAUACCCCCAGAUUUGCUGUCCAAUCUGGAUGGCAUCGAGAAGGAGUUACACGACUGUAUUCAAUCGGUGUCAGAUCAGAUUCAGAGUGUGCGGCAGUCCUUGGCACCAGAUACAUCCAGUGGCCGGAGGAUGUCUUCCAGAAGUAGUUCUCCAGGCCCCAGCCACCGGCGCCUGAGAGAACCCGCUGCGUUGAUGGCGCAUCGUGGGGCCAAGGCGGAACGCAAGCAGCAACCCAAGGUGGCCCCCACAGUGUCGGCCAAGGCUGGAGGCCAUGGUACAGACAGUACCCAGCUGCGGCUGCAUGGCCGCUGGAUGGAUCUGGCCACGCAGGCGGCGGAGGCGCCCACGCAGGACAACAAGAAGAAGCUGAAUCGACGAAUGGCGCUCAGCUCGUCCGAAGGAGAUGAUACAAGGCGAAUGGAAUCCCGUAUCUUGGGAGUGCGUGUGCCUAUGACUUCGGAACCCUUUCAUCCGCACGGCGCCUUUCGAAUUUGCUGGGAUUUGUCAGCAAUGGUGUUGAUCUUCGGAGACACGGUGCUGCUACCCCUGGCCUUGGCAUGGGAUGUGUCCAUGGGUGUGGACAAUCUCUUCAGUUCUGUCCUGCUGUGCAGUUUCUGGCUUAGCUUGACUUUUUGGACCUUAGAUUUGCUCAUCAAUUUGAACACGGCUGUAUAUCGAAAAGGCGCGUUGGUGGUAAGCCGGUCGCGCAUUCUUCUGAGCUAUGCCAAAGGCUGGCUCCUCUUCGACUGUCUCCUCUUGAGCUUUGAUGUGGUCUAUGUCAGCAGCCAGUCCGCGGUGUCCGGAGAGUUCCGCCUUUUGCGCGUGACCCGCAUCUUGCGGCUCCUUCGCUUGCUUCGGAUGUUGAAGCUGACCAAGGUCAAUAACAUCAUCGAGGAGAGUGCGGCCAAUAGCGGGCGCCAGUGGGUCACGGUGGUCAUUGCCAUUAUCAAUACCACUGUCUUCAUGAUUGUUUGCGUGCACUUGCUGACCUGUAUGUGGUGGUGGGUGGGUCGUUCAAUGAGUGGACCCGUGAUCGAAGAUCCCAGCUACGACAGCUGGGUGGUGAGGGCGGGGGCUCACAUCGUGGAUCACUGGGUCCAGUACUUGCAUGCCAUGCGUUGGAUUGUGAAUUCGCCAUCACCACCAGAUUUAGCAGCUGAUAGCGGAGUCGAGAGAGGCUUUGACAUCGUCGUCUCCGUCUUCGUCAUUGCCGUCAUCGGUUCCGCGGUCUCCAAGAUCUCCAGCACCCUGGCGGAGCUUCGGGCCAUGAACGAAGCGCGCAACCGCCGCAGGCGCGAGGUGCGGCAGUAUCUGAGCAGUCAACACGUUUCUUUCGAGCUAGUCAGUCGCAUAAUGCGUUUCGUGGACUAUCGACUCGAGAAGUUUUCCUCGACCCAGUUAGAUACUUCGUUGAUUUCACCCACCUUGCAAUUGGAGCUAUAUGUGGGGCAAAGAAGCAACUACGUUUUGGAGAUGCCAAUCUUCAAGCUUUUGACUGAGUGCUACCAUGAUGUCUUUGGCUCGGUCUGUGCGGCCCUUCAGAAGAACGUCUACGAAAAGGGCGAGAACGUCUUCAUCGCUGGCUCUUGGGUUUCUUGCCUCUACAUCACCGCGACUGGACACUAUGCCUACAUCGAAGGCUUUGAUACGGACGGUGAAAGUCUGGAAUUUUCGAAGACCAGGUGGUUUGGAGAACUGAGCCUCUACGCUGAGGGCACUCUGCACCAGUCCACGUUGAUCGCGGAGAGCUUCGCGGAGACCUUCACUUUGACCGGUCAGGACCUGGCCGAGUGCGUGAAGCAAAGCCGUGGCUGUAUGUCCAUGUUUUGCGACUAUGCCAAGGACUUUGUAGCGGCCAUGCAGGGUACUGCCAGCAAAUGUGGUGAUGAGGAUCAAGUUCAUGUGGCGGCGGAGUGUUGCAGGAAGAAUCAGCACUACCAGGAGCUGUAUCCCGAUCCGAAGACUCGGCUCCAUAACAUCCAAAUCCCAACCACCAACAGUAACGGUGGAGAUAGCGAUCGGAGCCAAGAACUGAUGCCAUGGGAGGGCGACAAUCUUGAACAAGGGGAUUCGAACACGCCUGGCAGGGCAUCACGCAACGGCUCGAAGGAAUCCAUGGAAUCAGUGAAAGAAGAGGAAUUCCGAGAGCACGAGGGCGAACGGGCCCUGCGCCGCUCCUCCGCCACCAAACUGACGGAUCCAGGGCUUCUGGGUUGGCUUACGGCCUUGAGCGAAUUGGAUCAGAGCUUAGCCGCGAGACUUCAGGAGCUUUUGCCGGAGUUGAAUACCGAAUUCUCCCCGCAUAUCGUCUUCGAGCAGAAUGCCGAACGGGACCGCGCCGAAUCAUCUUGCAUAAGUAUCAUGUCGCUCUGGAAGGAUCGCUAUGAUAUUUUUACGCAGCCACAAGCACCGAACGUGAAGCUCCGGCCGGAGCAGUGGCAAGAGCUUCAAGACCUGGUCAACUGGAUCGAUCCGGACCUGGAACAAAUCCAAGCGGUUCUGGUGCUUCUUGCCAUCCGCGGUCUGGGGAAGUCGAAAUCGGUCUUGCAGCAGAUGCCGCGCGACAACCGACGCCCCGAAAAGGCGGUGCUGCAUUUGAUGGAGAGUCAGAAGAACGUUGUACCAUCAGUGUUUUGGCUUGGCCCACGGGCAUUGAGCUUCAUCACCGAUGCGCUGGCAGUUCACGAAUUAUUUAACUUAGCUCAGAUGUUGCAAGGGGAGAACUUGCCUGCCAACAUUGCGCAGCUGCGCGAUUGCAUCGCUGAGAAAGGUCAAGACAUUUUCCGUUUCUACAUCUUUUUCUUGUUGGGCUUCAUGAGUGGUAUCGCAGCCGGUCAGGGAUCUCGCUUCAUGAAUGGCAGGAAUGCCUCCUCCGUCAUCAGCGGCGUGCGCUUGUUGAAGCGCCUUAUGGAGUGCAACCCCACGGCCAUCUAUUGGGGAUACUUGGAGGAACGAGCACAAAAACUCCGAGUGAACUUCUAUAGUGCCGAGGACUUAGUGCUGAUCCGCUUGUCAUGCCUCGCUCGGGCGCAAGACGAGAAGGAUUACUUGUUGUUGCGCACUUCAUGGGACGCCUUGAAAGCUAGAGAACGUGUCGCUUUGACGGAUCACUUCUUGGCGGAUGGAAUUCAGGAGCAGGCCUUCGUUUUAGAAUUUUUACCCAAUUGCAUGGCAAAUGCCAAGGCCAAUAGCACUGUGGGAUUGGUGGGGCUUCUGGGGGUGCUCGUGGAUUUGCUGAACAACCUCAAUACCAGCUUGGAGUCGAUGCCUCCCAUGGAGAAGAUGAUCCCCGUGGAUUUGUCGGAGAUGGCCGAGUUUAUCGCUGUGGUGCAGAAUCGCUUUGUCUUCCUGACCUGUGUGUCACGAUGCCAGCUGCAAUUUGUGGGGCAGAGAGUUUAUUUGAAGAUGACAGGCAGUAAUUGGGGUCGCACCACAGACCCUGAUUCCGACAUGACAAGCCUGGCUUAUACCCUACAGGACAUUCUGCAGAAACAGGAAGUUUUAGAGGCCUACAUCAUGCGCAAACAUGAAGAUUCCGGUCCCUCGGCAGCACACCUUGUGGUGGAAGAGGACGUUCACGAGGACUUCAAGGCUUUGGAACGAUCGAGUAGUAUGGCGGUGCAACAAAUGGUUUUCUGAGCGCCACGCUGGCACCCUUUUUGGGCAGGUGGCGUCAGGUGCCCAAAAAUCAUGGACAUCACCUGUCCCAAAGAAAUCGGCGCAGCCUCAGAGAACUGAGCGGUCCCAU